CAGGAUGAGGUGGCAGUAACCGCCGGAACCCGGAAGAGUUUUUUUGCGGAAGCUAACAGGCUAAAACAGGCUAACGGUUCCGCGUAGUAGUAGCUGCGCGUGUUUAAAGCGGUUCUUCAGAAUCGGGUGACGUUUGUCAGCAGUCAUCAUGAGUCUCCAGUGGACGGCGGUCGCCACCUUCCUGUACGCUGAAGUCUUCUUCGUCCUCCUGCUCUGUAUUCCCUUCAUCUCACCUAAGAGGUGGAGUAAGAUCUUCAGGUCUCGUUUGGUCCAGACCAUCGCUCUCUAUGGAAACACAACGUUCAUGGUCAUCAUCGCCAUCCUCGUCUUCCUGCUCAUCGAUGCGUUUCGUGAGGUCAGGAAGUACAGUGUGACAGAGAAGGUCGACCUGACCAACAACCCCACGGCCAUCGAACACAUUCACAUGAAACUGUUCAGGGCUCAGAGGAACGAGUACAUCGCUGGAUUUGCCCUGCUGCUCUGUCUGUUACUGCGUCGUCUGGCAACUCUUCUCUCUCAGCAGGCUUCACUCAUGGCCUCUAAUGAAGCUUUCAAGAAACAGGCAGAGGGCGCCAGCAACGCCGCCAAGACGUUCAUGGAUGAAAACGAGCUGCUGCAAGAGAAACUGCGUGAUGCUGGUAUCGAGGUGCCAGAGGCGGGAAAAAAGGGAGCAGGACCUCAGGAGGAGAACAAGAAGCUGAAAGAGGAGGUGAAGACUCUGAAGGACGAGCUGGACACCACCAAGAAAGCUCUGAACAAGUCGGACCGCGACGUCACGGCGAUGAAGAAACAGGCGGAGAAUCUGACGGUGGAGUACGACCGACUGUUGGACGAACACAGCAAACUACUGUCCAGCAGUGAUAAGAAAUCAGACUGAUGAUGAAAAUGAGGACAAGGACGAUGAAGAUGAAGAUGAGGACGACGAUGAAGAAGAGGACAAAGAGCAGCUUCAUCACUGUCGUCCUCCACAAACACUCCACAGCUUCUGUCUCUAUAUGGUGAUGUCACUUCCUGUCGGGUCAGCUGACAUUGCUGUGCUGUGAUUGGUUCAAGUUUCUUUUUUUUUCUUUGUCUUCUGUGUUUGUUUGAAGUUGAAGGUUUAAAUGGUCUUGACCCGGUCACUGAUCAAUAAUCAUUGUUCUGUUUCAUUCCUGAGGGUCAAAGGUUGAGUAUUUUUGGAGAAGAAAGUGUCAUGGUUCACAUGUGUUUGUUUGAACAGAUCGUUUGUAAACAGGUGACUCCGCCCCCUUCGCCUCCUCUCAUUGGUUAAAUCUGUUUCACACAGUCAUGCCCCACCCACACAGCCUCCUGACCAACCAGGAGUCUUUUUCAGCUGUAAAUCAUAACGGCAACCUCUCAUCUGCUGACAUGGCAGGGCGGAGCCUCCAGGGGGGCGGCGGCUUCAUGUGGACCAUCUGCAUUCACCAAUGUUGUUUCCUGUUGAUGAAACAUUCCUGAAAAUAAACAUCAUGGUGUUUACAUCUUA